ACUUUUCUCAUUGUUGUAUGAGGUAUCUGAUUUCCAAAAUGUCUGGCGACGGUCAACAUCAUGCGGACUAUCAGUGUAAACACUACAAGAGAAACUGCAAAUACAUUGCUCCAUGUUGUGACCAAGUGUACAUGUGCCGAGUUUGCCAUGAUGACAAGGAGACUCAUGAAAUGGACCGAAAGCAGGUGAAGGAAGUCCUGUGUCUAAAAUGUCAGACAAAACAAAAGUUUCAACAGACAUGUGAGAAGUGUGGCGGCAUGUUUGGCAAGUACUGCUGCAAUAUCUGCCAUCUUCUUGAUAAUGAGGACAAGCAACAGUUCCACUGUGACAAAUGUGGUAUAUGCAGAGUUGGUGGACAAGAGAACUUCUUUCACUGUGAAAAAUGUGACAUAUGUCUUGCCAACAAUCUCAAAGACAAUCACAAGUGUGUGGAGAAAGUGUCCCACGACUCCUGUCCCAUCUGCCUGGACUUCCUGCAUACAUCCAGGCGAGACCUCAGCAUCCCACCAUGUGGCCAUCUCCUUCACAGAGACUGCUUUAAUAAUCUACUACAAUCAGGAAACUAUGCCUGCCCUGUGUGUAACCAGUCACUUGUGAAGAUGGAUGAAGUGUGGGAGAACGUGGAUGAAGAGAUCGCCAACACACAGAUGCCUGAUGAAUACAAAGACAUGGAUGUUGACAUUCUUUGUAGAGACUGUCAUAAGGAUAGCAAUAUCAAAUGGCAUGUUCUGGGUCUCAAGUGCAGUCAUUGCGGGUCGUACAACACAUGUCGCAAAUAGGAAUAUUUGACAACAUUGACCACAUUGUGCAUGAAGAUGUCGAAGUCCAGAAUGCAUCAUGAAAUAUAUCUACCUGUGGCCUUGAACAAGAUCAUGUCUCAGUGAUCAGAUAGUUUAUGUAUGUGCAGUUAACAUAGCAAUAGACAGUCCAUACCUCUGGUACUGAUAUAAUGGAGACUAACAUAAUAUAUAUUUUUUUGUUCUCCUGUUAGUCAUUCAAAAACAUCUUAAAAAUGAGCAUCUAACCUCGUAUGUUGAACUUUUGUUGAAAGAUAAAGAUUUGCAGUUUUUUUGUAAUACAGUUCAGGGAUUAAGGUUUGAAAAGCAUUUGAAAGAAAACUAAUUAAAAAUAUCACAGAAAUGUCUUACAAAUGCAAAAGCUAUUCAAUAGUCUUUAUGCUGAUUUAAUUGAUGCUCUGCCAAAAUAUAUUUUGUGUCCUGUUAAUUAAGAUUGUGCACAUUACCCCACAUUACGAAUGCGUGCUUGUUAAAAUGCAUGUAGAGCUUAUGUAAUACGUAAUAGUUCAGGGAUUAAGAAUUUUGUAAAUAUUUGGCAGUUUUAAAGUUGAAUGUUGUAAUCAAAUAUAGGGAAAAGAUAAAGAAAUGUCAUGCGAUCUCCAAGUACCAUAGCUGUGAUACUGCUGGAAUAUUGCUAAAAGCGGCGUAAAACCAUACUCGACUCACUCACUCCAAACACUGGUGGAUGACGUUUAAGGCACUUAGAGACUGACACACAUCUUGACAGUAUAGGGUUUGCCCUGGUCAUAAUGCAUAACCUUUGCAUGCUCUGUUUUGGAUGUGCUGUGUUGAUUGUGUAAUAUGUCUCUGUGCAGUGAUGUUCUGGCUGUGUCAUUCCAACAUUUGGACUGAUCUCAACAGAAAGGUUAUUCGCAUGGCUUUCAAUAAUGAAUCAGGCCACUGAAAUGUUGUCUUGCUGUCAGUGUUGGUUUCAGUACAUAUCUCUUCUUAUCCUAAUACAUGAAGUCAAUGGGCAUGGCUUUGGAAGCUUAUGAUGCUUAUGAUGAUGAUGAUGAUAUGUAUCUCUAUGGCAUUUCUAUUGCUGGCAUAAUCAAGGAUAAUAGAAACUCAUUUUCACUCCUUUUGUUCCAGUUUUGUACAACAAUAUACAUUUUUAUUACUCGCCCAUGGACAGUGUAAUAUUUGUACAGCAAUAUACCACUAGAUAUAUGAUGUCAUAAUGGUUUACAGUUAUGACUUCAUAAUGCUAAUUCCUCUGUCACAAUGGUAUUAGACCGUGCUAAGAGUCAUCACACUGUAGGCAGUUUCUAUCAAUUUAUGUUACCAAUUAAUAAAUAGAUUUCUAAACUCGCUUCUGUGAAAUACCAUUUUUAUUAAACUUGUGAAAGAUUUCGUAUUAAACUCGCUUUCACUUGUUUGAUACCAAAUCAUUAACUCAUUUAAUAAAAAUGGUAUUACACGGAAGGUCGUUUAGUAUCAUCUAUGAGCGCCAAGUUAUACAUGGGUAUAUUCCCAAGGAAUUAAUUAAGUAGGAGAAACAAAGGCAUUUAUGAAGGUGCAUAUGAUUAAUAUAUGCUUUGGGGCUGUUAUGAUUAACUCGGUGAUGUGAUUCAAGCUGCAUCAUGAUUUCAGUUCAUUAUUUGCCACCACUAGAAUUGAAUAUUCAUGAAGGAGUGUUUUUACUUGAAUUUAUUGUAAAGCUUGUCUAUCAAACCUAGGCAGGAUAACAGUCAACACUCAUAGAUUUGAUUUGACAGUAAUGUGGUGAAUGGUCAUUGUCAUGACAUCAACACUGUCA